UUUCUGUUAUUAACCCUGAUGAUGCCAAAGUAUGCUGCAGAAUAGGGCUUGGUUAUACUAGCUCUUCUCUUUCUUUCUUUCUUUCUUUUUUUUUUCCUACUUAGGUGACUGUAGCCUGUUGAUUCGAAGCAAUUGGUGGGUUAGAAAGGCCUGAUUGUUCUUGUUGCUAAUACAAGAAUAGUGAAGAAACAAUUUAUUCAGCUAAUAAAUUUUCAUGCACUCAGGCUUCAGCUUAUGGAAAUGGCUUGUUAAUUUAUAGAACUCUUUGUUAAUACACUUAUAUGAUCUAAUGCAUGAAAAUUAAGCAAGAAUUCUAUGGAUUAAUGAGCCAUUUCCAUUUGAGGCAAUAAGCUGUUUGGGUUUGACUGAAGUAAGCUUCUUUGUUGCCUGUGUAUCACUUUUAGCUAUUCAGUGAGUAUAAUUUGAAACAUAUAUUUUCUCUCUUUUUUUUUCCCCAUAAAUAGCUUCCUUAACUAUCUGACUUCAAUCCUCUUGUGAAGUACCACACCAUCUGGUAGACAUAUUGGAUCCAUUUGAAGACUAUUCUGUAGGACAAAUUUUUGAGGAUGCCAGGCAAGCAACAAGAGAUGUUCUUGACAGUGGCCAUGUUCCUAUAGCCACAGGUGGAACUGGCUUGUAUUUACGAUGGUAUGUUCCUAGAUAUACUUUUGCCCAGGGGAGCUUUGUUAAGUUGCUGUGCUUCAUCUUUUUCUUCAAUAUAACUUUCUGAUCUCUAUAAACUAACCUCUUUGCAACAAAGUCUGCAUUUUCUCUUUGAUUCUCCUGGCUUCCUCAAUUGGGUAGUGUUGCUUCAUAUUGUGCUUUAAAUACUUUCUGAAGUGCAUUUUCUCUUAAGAUAAUACUUCUUGUGAUUUUAUAGGCUGGCCUGGCAUGUUCUGGUUGAAUUUUCUUUCUCAGGAGUUAUUGUAAAAUAACAUAUAUGGAGUUGUUUGCUAUGAUCUCUUCUUUUUGCUAUUAGGUUUGUAUAUGGAAAACCAGAUGUUCCAAAAGCUUCUACAGAAAUUGCAGCUGUAGUACAUGCAGAGAUAGCAGAUUUUGAGAGAGAUGGGGAAUGGGAUGCUGCUGUGGAAAUGGUCGUUAAGGCAGGAGAUCCAAAAGCUAGGUCAUUGCCUGUCAACAAGUGAUAUUGAUUUUGUCGCAGCCUUGAGAUAAUCAAGGUCAGUGAUAAUGGUUUAAAGGUCUUUGUAUCCUCGCAGCCAUUUGCAAUCCCACCCCUUUGAGUACAGAGAUGCAUGGUGACGUUUGCAUAUAGGCCAUAUCAUGUAUGUUGCUUUGGAAAAAAUUCAUUUAAGAAUAAACUUGUUAUUUUAUUUUUUAUUUUUUGUUCUCUGAAACAUCCUAAUUUUGUCUUGUAGUUCAGUGAGUUAAAUAUUGUGAUGAGAUUUUCUUCUGUUUGACUCACAUAUGAAGGGCGAUAGCUCAGACAUCUCCAUCAUAUGUGCUCACGUUUCUUGAUUGUAUUUCUUGGUAUGGCAGUCUACUGGAUCACCUCCAUCUGCCUUUCAUAUACCAUAUGAUUCUUUCAAACAACAAUUUGAUUCAAGUGGAACAAAUGAUUCUCACAACUUGAACCCUUCUUGUGUUGUACCUGAGAAAGUUACCGCAAAGGAAUUGGACUAUGAGUUCGUUUGUUUUUUCCUUUCAAGCCCCAGACUUGAUCUGUAUAGAUUAAUUGACUUAAGGUGUGAAGAAAUGCUUACAGGCAACCUGAGACUUAAUUGUAUAGCUUGUGAGCUCUUCUCACAUAACAUUUACAACUAUG